GCCGGCUCCUCCCACUCCGGGUCACGCCGUGACAGGGGCGGAAGCGGCGGCGGCGGCGGCGGCCGAGCGGGGGCUGCGGCUCGCGGCGCGGAUCGUGCUGUCCUGUGCGCGCAGCGCGCGGCUCCGGAGAGGCGCCGGCAGCCCGGGCCGGCGUGCGGCGUCUCGCCUGCGCUCCCAGCGGUGCCUUCUCCCCCCCGACUCCUUGCACCUUUCCGGCGCAAAGGUGAGCCCCGGAGGCUGUUGCUUCUCCGACUUUGGAGAAGAGACGAGAAAGCUUUUCGGAAAGCGAGGCGGCUGCAGCUGGCGCCGGGAACGUUGGGGGUCUCUCCUGGGGACUGUCAGAGCCCUGUCACCUGGGGAGCGUCUGCCGCCGGCGGCGAGCCCACACUCCGGGGGUAGGAACUCCCUGGCUCGUCCUUCCCAGCCGAGGUGUGGCGGCGGGGCGCCCUCACAGCCCUGCAGGUGUUGCAGGAAUCUUCCCGGCGCAGCCACCACGCGUUCAGACACGAGCGGCAUUGCCAGGUUGCUGGGAUUUUCUGAAACAAUGGCGACCCCUCGGAGGAGGACAAAGAAAAAGGCAUCUUUUGAUCAUUCUCCAGAUAGCCUGCCUUUGAGGAGCUCCGGUAGGCAGGCCAAGAAGAAAGCAACAGAGACAACAGACGAGGAUGAAGACGGCAGUUCAGAGAAGAAAUACAGGAGAUGUGAAAAGUCAGGCUGCACAGUAGCGUGUCCCGUGUGCUUUGCAAGUGCUUCUGAAAGAUGUGCCAAAAAUGGUUACACGUCCCGAUGGUAUCACCUCUCCUGUGGGGAACAUUUCUGUAAUGAAUGCUUUGACCAUUACUACAGAAGCCAUAAGGAUGGAUAUGACAAAUAUACUACCUGGAAAAAAAUAUGGACUAGCAACGGGAAAACCGAACCUAGCCCCAAAGCUUUCAUGGCAGACCAGCAGCUCCCGUACUGGGUUCAAUGUACAAAACCUGAGUGUAGAAAAUGGAGACAACUUACCAAGGAAAUCCAUCUUACUCCACAGAUAGCAAGGACCUACCGAUGUGGUAUGAAAUUGAAUUCUACUACUGUUAAGCCUGAGACCUCAGAUCAUUGUUGCCUUCCAGAGGAUCUAAGGGUGUCGGAAGUUUCCAACCACUGGUGGUACUCCAUGCUCAUCCUCCCUCCUCUGCUGAAAGACAGCGUGGCGGCACCCCUGCUCUCUGCCUACUACCCCGACUGCGUGGGCAUGAGCCCCUCCUGCGCCAGCACGCACCGCGCGGCCGGCAGCACCAGCCCCGGGAAGCUGGAGCCCUCCAAGGCGGCCCCCUCUGCGCCGGCUCCAGGCAUGAACCGGUACUUCCAGCCUUUCUAUCAGCCCAACGAGUGCGGUAAAGCCCUGUGCGUGAGGCCAGACGUGAUGGAGCUGGACGAGCUCUAUGAGUUCCCAGAGUAUUCCCGAGACCCCACCAUGUACCUGGCCUUGAGGAACCUCAUCCUCGCGCUGUGGUACACUAACUGCAAAGAAGCUCUUACACCUCAGAAAUGUAUUCCUCACAUCAUCGUUCGGGGUCUCGUGCGCAUCCGAUGCGUUCAGGAAGUGGAGAGGAUACUUUAUUUUAUGACGAGAAAAGGGCUCAUCAACACGGGGGUUCUUAACGUCGGCACCGACCAGCGUCUUCUUCCUAAAGAUUACCACAACAAAUCAGUCAUCAUUAUCGGGGCUGGUCCAGCAGGAUUAGCAGCUGCUAGGCAACUGCAUAACUUUGGCAUUAAGGUGACUGUCCUGGAAGCCAAAGACAGAAUCGGAGGCCGAGUAUGGGAUGAUAAAUCUUUCAAAGGCGUCACAGUGGGAAGAGGGGCGCAGAUUGUCAAUGGCUGUAUCAACAACCCGGUAGCACUCAUGUGUGAACAACUUGGCAUCAGCAUGCAUAAAUUUGGAGAGAGAUGUGACUUAAUUCAGGAAGGUGGAAGAAUAACUGACCCCACUAUUGACAAGCGCAUGGAUUUUCAUUUUAAUGCUCUCUUGGAUGUUGUCUCUGAGUGGAGAAAGGAUAAGACUCAGCUCCAAGAUGUUCCGUUAGGAGAAAAGAUCGAGGAGAUCUACAAAGCCUUUAUUCAGGAGUCGGGGAUCCAGUUCAGUGAACUUGAACAACAGGUGCUUCACUUCCACCUGAGUAACCUGGAGUACGCCUGCGGGAGCAGCCUCCAUCAGGUGUCUGCUCGCUCCUGGGACCACAACGAAUUCUUUGCUCAGUUUGCUGGUGACCACACUCUGCUAACGCCUGGCUACUCUGUAAUCAUUGAAAAACUGGCAGAAGGACUAGACAUUCGGCUGGAGUCUCCAGUGCAGAGCAUUGAUUAUUCUGGAGAUGAGGUGCAGGUUACCAUGACGGAUGGGACAGGAUGUACAGCACAGAAGGUGUUAGUCACUGUACCCCUGGCCUUACUGCAGAAAGGUGCCAUUCACUUCAACCCACCGCUGUCGGACAAGAAGAUGAAGGCUAUCAACAGCUUAGGCGCGGGCAUCAUUGAAAAGAUUGCCUUGCAGUUUCCAUACAGAUUUUGGGACAGUAAAGUUCAAGGGGCUGACUUUUUCGGUCACGUUCCGCCUAGUGCCGGCAAGCGGGGGCUUUUUGCUGUGUUCUAUGACAUGGAUCCCCAGAAGAAGCAGAGCGUGCUGAUGUCGGUGGUCGCCGGGGAGGCCGUGGCGUCCGUCAGGACCCUGGAUGACAAGCAGGUGCUCCAGCAGUGCAUGGCCGCCCUCCGGGAGCUGUUCAAGGAGCAGGAGGUCCCCGACCCCACGAAGUAUUUCGUCACUCGGUGGAGCACGGACCCCUGGAUCCAGAUGGCGUACAGCUUCGUGAAGACGGGAGGGAGCGGAGAAGCCUACGAUAUCCUCGCUGAGGAGAUACAGGGGAUGGUCUUCUUUGCUGGCGAGGCAACAAACAGGCAUUUCCCACAAACUGUUACAGGGGCAUAUUUGAGUGGUGUUCGAGAAGCAAGUAAGAUUGCAGCAUUCUGAAUAGAAUUUGUCUGGACCCAGCUUGCUUCUGUGCUCCAAAUGGCUGUCGGCCAGAUGUUCCGUGGAGGUAGCCUUACGUUCUUCCUUCCGUCAUCCAACACUGACAGUUCCUCGACCUGAACUCAAAUGAACUUCAGCCUCCGCUGCACUACUCCACCCCGUCCCCUAAGUUAAAUCACUGAGAUCCAGGUGGUCUCAGGGGUCCUCUACCCCUACAGCUUUACUCUCUAAACGGCCCCUCUCUUUGGUCAACUUGCCACCUGCUUGACUUCACAAUCACUCCCCGGCCUGACUCCACACAAGCCUGCCUGCUUCGCUCCUAAGGACUAGUUAAGGUAAGCAAACUUUUUCAGUUAAGGGCCAGACAGUAAGUGGUUUCAGCUUUUCCAGGAACACAGUUUGUCACAACUACUCAACUGUGCCACUGUAGCAUGAAAGCUGCCGCAGACAACACUUGAAUGAAUGCAUGUGGCUGUUGUCACAUUAAACUAUUUAAAAAACCAGAUGGUAAGAGGGAUUUGGCCCACAGGCUGCGGUCUGCCAAGUCCUGCAAACAGAGUCGAUCAUUUACAUCACUCCUGUCAUUCACCCCUUGUUACUUCCCUGCAAAACUCCGUCCCUGAACUGGUCUAACUACCACUUUUUCUAUGAUUGAUCCGGAGGAAAGACUGCUGUGGGAACACAGAACUUUUAAAAGACCGGUCCCAUGCCAAGUUCAUGGUAUCCGAUGUCCGAACCUUCCCGGGGUUAACCCGACUCUCUCUCAGCAGGUCCUCCUGUGCUAUCAAUGGCAUUUUCAUCCCUUCCUCCCUCUUGCUCUUGGCCAAGAAUUCCUUCAAUGUUGAACUAUCUUCCCCUCCAGUUUACUG